CAUGUCAGCAGUUAAGAGAUGCUGGCGACACAACCUCUGGUAUUUAUACUCUUUCAUCAUCUCUGGGCUUACAAUUCAAAGUCUAUUGUGAAAUGGAUACAAAUGGUAAAGGGUGGAUUGUUUUCAUGAAGAAUGACGGGAAGAACGCCGCGAUUUUUAACCAAGAUUGGGCGACCUACCAAAAUGGAUUCGGGGAUCUAAACUCGAAUCACUUCUGGUUGGGAAAUGAAUUCCUGCAUCAAAUAACCAAAUUUAUACCACAUGAACUGCACGUGGAUAUUCAGGAGGCAGGUGUUGCAGACAAGUACGCAUUUUACAGCAGUUUCCAGGUUUCAGACGAGAACGAUGGCUAUCGUCUCACUUUCGACACCUCGUCCUACCAAGGAGAUGCUGGAGAUAAACUGACAAAUCACAACAACAUGAGAUUUACUGCCAAAGACAAAGAUCUUGAUACCUAUUCAGGGAAUUGUGGACAGAGUUACGGCUAUGUUGCAUGGUGGUAUUAUUCGUGUUGGGCGGCCUUGCCUACGAGAAUCCCUCCCAGAUGGACAAACGACCUGGAUUUCAUUCAGCUCAAAAUACGACCAAUGUCUCCUUAGAACAGAUCUUUUCGCUUUUCCACCUUUUCUGCAUCAACUGAUACUUUAUCACUUGCAUUUCGUGUUUCAUCCACUGUCGUUUCCAUUCGGUCGCUUCUCGUUGUUUCUCGUCGCCUCGCGUCGCUUCUUCGACAUGUGACGGAUGUCAUCCUCGCUAAAACUCGAUGAGUGGGAGUUCUCAAUCUUCUCUUAACGUUUCCAUGACGAUAUUUCCACUCGAAUAAGAGCUUGAUUUUCAGUGUUUUACCUUUAGUCUUUCCAUUGGUCAAUAAAGAAAUUUCUCAUUCACAAAUCCUAUUUCCAGCUUUGGUGUGUGAAAUCACGUUCAUCUUGCCUGGAAAAAAAUUUCGUUUAUAUUAUUUAUACAGUUGGAAUCGCAUCCAUUAUAUAGCACGGGUUAUUUUAAAAGCCUAAAUAUAACAGUAAGCAACAUAGUUUCACGAAGCUCCUUAACGUUACGGGAAUAUAAUGUUUAUUAAAGUAAUCAU